AAUUUGAUUUUCAAUGAUAGAGGAGCUCUCUUGUUGCUCUAUUGAAAAAAAUGCUCUCGGAAGUUCUUCAUCGGGAUCGUCAUCUCUUCGGGGACAAGCAUCUCCAUAAAAAGGACGCGACUCCCAGUCUCUCUGUGCCCUCCUUCUUUCCGACCGGCGAACCACGGCCAGCAACCGACGAACCACCGCACCGGACCGGCGAGAGGACCGCGACCCCUUCUCUCUCUCUCUCUGCAUUCCCUCUUUCCGACCGACGAACCACCGCACGGACGAGAAGACCGCGAGCAAUCGACGAACCGCGGACCUUCGCUUCCCCGGCCCCUCGCCGCCGGCUUCUCCCCGCCUCCUUCAAGAUGCGGCAGCGCGGCCUCAGUUCUAGGAGCAGGAGGCCGCAGGUCAAGAAGGCUUCGCUGGAUAGGCCGCCGUCGAUUGUGGUUAAUGGAGAGGGCGAAGAGGACGCUCCUUUGGCGGAGAGCGUGCGUAGCGCUGAUUGGGAAAUUGUGGCUGAUGAUUCUGAGGACGAUGAUUCCGAUGGAGUCGUGAUUGAUGUGGAGAACCAGAAUGCUGAUAGAACAGAAGCUUCCGAUAGUACGGCGAUGGAGACAAAUUUGGCACCAUGUUUCGUCGAUGGAGUAACUCUCACCACAGUGAGGAAGAUGACUCGCUGCAGUUUGAAUCUAAGAUCAUGGGCAUCGGAGGCAAAGUCGGCAGGAAUUACAGCGGGAGUGAUUCGACUUCGUCGACUUUCGUCGGGACACUUCAUCCCGGAACGCCUGGUCCUCGAGGCCAGUACAUGGUUCCAAGCAGUUACAGUUUCCCAAGGUCGAUGAGUACUCCCUCAAGGAAGAUUGAAGGGAGUUCGGCCACGUCUGGUGGUUCCAGAAGCAGUGGUUUCCCAAAGUCCAGGACUAUGGUGGGCCCUGAUGCUCAUUCAGGAUCUUCGGUUCUCAUCUGCCACAAGUGCGGGGAGCAAUUCAAGAAGUUGGAUGCUGUUGAAGCUCAUCAUCUCUCCAAACAUGCUGUAACUGAACUAAGUGAUGGAGAUUCAUCCAAAAGGAUAGUGGAAAUAAUCUGCCAAACGAGCUGGUUGAAGUCUGAGCACAGCAGUUGUGAACAGAUUGAGAGGGUCUUGAAAGUCCACAACAUGCAAAGGACCCUCGCCCGGUUCAAAGAAUAUUGAGAGAUGGUCAAGAUCAGAGCCAGCAAGUUAUCCAAGAAGCACCCCUGCUGUUUGGCUGAUGGGAACGAGCUCCUAAGAUUCUAUGGCACGGCCGUGGCUUGCUCGCUUGGUGCCAAUUCUCUUGUGCCAAGUGUCAAACAACUGUGUUGAUAUGAAUUCAAUAUUCUAUCAAACACUCUUGAGGCAGUCAUUAGUUGGUCCAAUUCCUGGUUGUGAAGUACUUCUUGGAUGCUAAGACUUUUCAAAAGGUUAAGUUUGUGUACCUGAAGAACAACGACAGUGUCGAGCUCAUGAGAUCAUUCUUUGAUGAGGAGAACCUUCCUACUGAGUUCGGAGGAAGAGCAAAACUGAAGUACGACCAUGAAGAAUUCUCUAGGCUAAUGGGUGAAGAACAACCCUGCUGCAUUGCUUGCUUUAUGUUGGUAUUGGGCUUCUGAUGGUGUAGGAUCUAAGGACAUGGUAAUUCUUCCUUACAAAGACAGCCUUCUGUUAUUCAGUUGGUAUCUGCAACAAUUUGAUUUGGAUGGCAAUCGGGUCAAUCAAGGGCUUACUGUUUAUGGGAAUAAAGGAAGCCCAGAUCAGCAUGCCUACAAACAACAGCUGAGAGAGGGUGUGCACAACUUCUCCGUAACAUUCAUUGAAGUGCUUUGUGAGAGACCACCUGGUCAUGAUUGGGAGCUUGAACCUAGUGUUACCUGUGGUGACUAUCUGUUUGGAAUGCUUCAAGUGUCGAAGCUGGGAAAAAGGCAGCAGCAGAAGUAUUUGCUCGUCAAAAAGGGGUUCUGGCUGUACUCAAUGAGGCCAGGUAUCUUACUAGAACAAGCUUGUCUAAGAUGGAAACUAUCAGCUCUUAAGGAAUGGGGAACACUUAAAGGAACUGUUGAGUGGGGUGGUAGAAACAUGGAUAAGAAGAAAAGCAAGCUCGUAGGCAUUGCAGAUGAUGGACAGAAAGAGAUCCGCAUUGAAAGGACAGAUGAAUUUGGCCAAAUAUUAACCCCAAAGGAAGCUUUCCGAUUGCUUUCCCGUAAAUUUCAUGGAAAAGGGCCUGGCAAAAUGAAGCAAGAGAAGCGCAUGAAGCAAUACCAGGAAGAAUUGAAGUUGAAGCAGAUGAAGAAUUCAGACACGCCUUCUUUGUCUGCAGAGAGGAUGAGGGAAGCGAAAGAUGAGUUUUUAACACCGGCAAAUGAGAAAGAGUCAAUUGUAUAUCUGAACCUAUUGUUGAUGCUGAAAGCAAGGUGGCUAAUGGUUAUAUAGAUGCAGAAGUACUUUUUCUCAA